AUGUCCAAGGAAAAAAUUGAUUCUGAUCGAAUUAAUUAUAUAAUAUGGAGGUAUCUGAUUGAAUCCGAUUAUCCUGAGACGGCUGUUCGUCUACAAAAGGAGUGGAAUAUGCAAGACCCACAACUUCUCUCGUUUGCGCCCCAUGUUCAACCGCACGCACUAGUAUCCCUUCUAAAUCGAGGCUUACUUUACAAUAUGCAUGAGCGCGGCUUCGCCGCUCAAUCUUACCAUGUUCGCGUCGAUGGCAUCAACUCACACCCAACAGCCACUGUUGGAUUUUUUGGGCCGGUCCUGCCCCCUUCGCCAAUACCGGAUCAGGACACGGGUAUGCUGCGCAAACAUCAGAUUGAUUGCGAUCCCGGCUCAAGUCUACCUGCCCCAUCUGCCAAAAAACCCCGUCUCAGCAAUGGAUACUCCAUAGGCCAGGUCGACGAAGAUGGCUCCAGUGCUCCCAUGACUGACCUUGAAGCUGAUGGCGGGGAGGAGUCCAUCCCAACUGAGCUAGUGACGAACCGCGAUGAAUAUGCUGAUGAACAAGCCUAUCCAUCCCCCGAACAGAUGCCUACUCCACGGCCAAUUAUCGUCACCUGCGGCCCCGAGAAAGGCACACAGGUUGAGGCUGUCGAAGAUCUAACAUCUGAUACUGUUUUCCUCGAACUUACGGAGAAUUCAGUUGCACAAGGCUCUAUUAUAUCACAUUGCGCUUUUCAUCCCCGUAACCCAGCCUCCUUAGUAGCUGCCGGCAGCGAUGCUCUUGCACGUAUCUGGUCCCUACUACCACAAACACCCUCUACCGAUCAAAGCCCUGUCACUAGCGGCAAACAAAUGGUAGCAGCCCAUCGUAAUCUAUAUGGUAGUGGAGUACCCAUCACGACCCAAGCUACAGCCCUUUCAUGGGCUCCUAAUGGUCAAUAUAUAGCCAUAGCAAAUCAACCUUCCGACAAGAGCCUCGCACGGGUUGAUUUUUGGCUAGAAGAUGCCUCGCUAGUAUCAUCAAACAAUGGGUUUGAGUCACCAAUCAUUGAUAUACAAUGGAACCAAACUGGUACGGCUUGCCUCACUAUAUCACCACAGAAUGAUGCAGUUGACACUGCUUUGACCGUUAUAUAUCCGGGUCAACAAAUACUUAUAAGGCACACGCUUCCCGGUCAUAAUUUGGUAGAGCAGCUACUAGAAACGACAUGGAUGACAGAUGAAAAGUUUCUCUUGUGUGGGGGGAACAUUCUACAGGUCUUUAAUUGUUCCACUCAAUCGAAUUUGAUUGCAGAGGAGCGAAAGUUCGAAGUACCGGAAGGAGCAAUCCUAUCACGGGUAGCUUACGAUUUCCACUCACAACUUAUUGCGGCGGCCAGUGAUGCAGGAACUAUCUAUAUCUGGAGACUUGACCAAAACUUUCAUACCUACAAUGCACACCAAGGCCUAGUAACCCUCCUAUUAUGGCAACCAUUGCCUUUGAAUCAUGAAUCCAGUAGUAUGACAGAAAGACUUCUUGCCUCUGCUGGCGAAGACGGUGCUAUUAGUCUUUGGAAUGCUCUCUCUUCGAGCAGUAGGAGUCAAUCCUCCAUGACCAUGCGAUCAGGCGUUUCAGCAAUAAAAUUUAGCCCUGAUGGCCUGUUUAUAGCCGGAGCAACCAACAAUGACAUAUUUAUAUGGAAGACAAGCAGCACUCAUAUCCCACGCGCCAUGUGGAACUAUAAUGACGAAGUGGGCUGGCAGACCCCGCAAUCUUCAGAGUCUACACCCGGCGAGGAAGAGAUUUGCUCCCUAUCAUGGAAUUCAGAUGGCCGUCGACUUGCCUAUGGCAUCAACAAUCGGCUGGCACUCAUCAAUUUUUGUCCGUAG